AUGGAUCUAUCAAAAAAGAGUGUUCCCCCUUUCCCACCCAUACAUAUACAAUCUGGUAAAAAUACAACUCAAUGUGGAAGAAACCAAACAUUUUACACACUAUCGAUAACCAAAAACAGGAUCAUAGGUUGUGGUAAUUCAAAGGAUGCUAAUACUUUGAAUGCACUAUUAGAUGAUGCCCCAAUAAGUAUGCACAAAUGUACAAAUAUAAGAAGUAAUGGAAUGAUGCAAACUAAUUUUAUUGCACCUAAUGGAAGCUUGCAAAACUAUUGGGGAUUGAAAAUAACAGACAAUGAUUUUCAACCAAAUAUUGUUCAAACACAAGAAAUACAGGAUACAAAACCUGGACCAAGUAACACAUGUGCUCUUUCGCCUAAUAAGGGUGUCAGCAAUCGCCGAAGUAAACAACCUAUUCAGGUAAAUGACACAGAAGACCAUAGAACACAAUUCGGGCCAAAUGAUGUCUCAAAAGGUCAGGAGACACAAACCGGGCCAAACAAUGCUUCUGUACAAUCUGGACCAAGUAAUGUGCAUACUUCUUUUCCUAAAAAGGGUGUCAACACUCGCAAAAGAAAACACCCAAUUCAAGGUUUCCAUGUGUCGUAUCUUGAUCUAGGACCACCAACAUACUUAUGUACCAACUGUAAUGCAUUAAUGUGGUAUGAAGAGAGGUGUAAAAAUACCAAACUGGAUGGGUACCCUAAAUUUGCUUCACAGGAAGGAAAGAUUUUAUUGCCGAAAUUGCUAGAUGCUCCAGAACCAUUAAAAACACUGCUGGAUUAUGAACAACCUGGAUCAUCAAAAUUCAAAGAUGAUAUUAGGACUUAUAAUAGCAUGUUUUGUUUCACAUCUUUUGGGGCAAAAAUAGAUCAUUCUAUAAACCAAGGAAGAAAUUUAUACACAUUUAGAAUAAGCGGCCAAAAUUACCAUCGGAUAGGAUCUUUGUUACCUGUUGAAGGAGAACAACCAAGAUAUGCACAACUUUAUUUUUAUGAUACUGCAAAUGAAACCAGGAACCGGAUGUCCGCGUUCAUGUCCCGUGAUGGGACCACCCAAAGAGUAGACGAGGUAAUAGUAGCUCAGCUGAUUCAGAUGUUGGACAAUCACAGUUCUCUUUCCAGAGCCUUUCGUAUGGCACGAGAUUGGUGUGUGCAAAAUAAUAAUAACAACUGUGAGCUUCGUUUGUUAGGCCAGAGAACUGAUAUGAGACAAUAUAAUAAACCUACUGUUUCUGAAGUUGCGGUCUUGAUUACAAAUGAUUUUGGUGAGAAUAUAGAACCAAGGGAUAUUAUUGUUAGUCCAAAGAAUGGCGGUCUGAGGAGAAUCUCUGAAUUGCAUCAACUUUACAUGGCAUUACAAUACCCUCUAUUGUUCCCUUACGGAGAAACCGGGUAUCAUCCUGAGAUACCAUAUCAUAAAAACACAGGAAGGCGAAAAACAAAACGGAAUACUGUUACAAUGAGAGAAUUCUAUUGCUAUAGAAUUCAUUACAGGAGUAAUGAAGGAACUACAUUAUUCAGAGGAGGCCGGUUGUAUCAGCAGUACUUGGUUGAUUCAUAUACUGCAGUUCAUGAAGAACGACUGAGAUGGACCCGGAAUCAUCAACCAGAGUUGCGUGCAGAACUCUAUAACAAUAUAUGUGAUGCUGUCACAUAA